CUUAACUAUCCACAUGAUCUCCAGCCGAAGUUGCUAUCAGAUAAGACUAUACAGAUAAAUUAGAUUCAUUAGAUUCAUGAAUCAAAUUAAAAGGAUUGAGAUACAUGAAGUUCUCUAAGAAUUUUUCUCCUAUGAUUUCAUGGAAUUGUUAUACUUUGAUUUAAAGACAAAAAUUAUAGAAUUUAGGAGAAUAGUCCCAUAAUUGUAGGAUAAUAGAAAUAGAACGAAAAUUUUUUAAAUUUUGAAUAAGAGAAUAUCAAAUAAAAAAUAUUGGAUUUAUUAUAUAGGGGAAAAAUUAGAUAAUCAGUGAAGACUCAAUUUCAAAAUUCUUGUAG